AUGCCUGGUCUCACAUCCCACCCGCCUUUCCCUCAGGAUAUCCCCACCUGUCCUGAGUCUCUUGCUGGAGAUGCGGAUGAGAUCGAGAGGCUCUGGAAGGCUGCGAAGGAGAUGGGAUUCUGGUACCUAUGUGAGGAAUCGGAAGGGAUGUUUGCGAUGGGUGAGGAGACGAUCGCUCUUACCCUCGCGGAGAAGCUCCUCUUCGAGCAGGGAGACCAAUGCUCCACCAUCACGCCGUUCGUGAAGAUCAACAACCACAUCAUCGACUUCCUCAACGACAAGCUCGCGCUUUCUACGGGCACGCUCGCCGGAUGUACGGCGCGGUUCAUCAGACCGCCGUCGUGUAUCGGGCCAGAGGAGAAGACGUUCCUGACAGCGCACACGGACUUUGGGUCCUUGGUUCUCCCUCCUAGCUCUGACCAGUGGUUCUACGUCAAGCCCGUGCGCGGACACGCGAUCUGCAACAUCAGCGACGCGCUCGACAUCUUCUCCGGCGGCAUCCUGCGCUCCAACAUCCAUCGCGUCGUCCCGCCUCCGCGGGAGCAGGCCCAGUACGAACGCCACUCCGUCAUGUUCUUCCCCCGCCCGAACGCCACCGUCGAGCUGCGGGCGAUGUCCGCGCAGAGCGAGCGCAUCGCUGCGUACGCCCCGGGUGUGACCGCGAUGGAGUGGCUGGUGAGGAGGGUCAAUUCGCAGCGCGUGACAAACUAUAAGGUGUGUCCUGUCUCGCCGAGGUGCGCUCAGGUUGCGAAGGGCUGA